GCUGCCGCCGCCACCAUGAGCCGCGCAGCGCUGCGGGGCCCGCGGCUGCUGGGGCCGGCCGCCCGCCCGCCGCGCUGGGGCCGCCGCCGCCGCAGCGCGGGCUGCGAGCCCCCGGCGGGCGCCGCGGUGCGCAUCGGCUGCGCCUCGGGCUUCUGGGGGGACACGGCGGCCGCAGUGCCGCAGCUGCUCUACGGAGGGAAGCUGGAUUUCCUUGUUUUCGAUUACCUCUCCGAGAUCACCAUGUCGCUGCUGACGGCCGCCAAGGCCCGGUCUCCCCUCUUAGGUUACACUCCGGAUUUUGUCUCCACUGCCAUGGCUCCCUAUAUAAAAGAUAUUCACAGGAAAGGUGUUCGUGUCAUCAGUAAUGCUGGUGGAAUUAACCCACUUGCUUGUGCAGCUGCCCUUCAGGAGGUGGCAAAGAAAGCAGAUGUUGAUUUGAAAAUAGCUGUUGUUGCUGGAGAUGAUCUGAUGAGUGAGAAAGAGAACUUAAAAGGAGCUGGUAUCACCGAUUUAGAGAGUGGCAAACGAUUUCCAGAGAAUAUUGACAGCAUGAAUGUGUAUCUUGGUGCAAGACCAAUAAGCAGAGCUCUAGACCUUGGAGCUGAUAUUGUUGUGACAGGCAGAUGUGUUGACAGUGGGAUUGUAUUAGGACCACUCAUUCAUUCUUUUGGCUGGAAUAGGGAUGACUAUGACUUGCUAGCUGCAGGAAGUCUUGCAGGUCAUCUCAUUGAAUGUGGUGCUCAGUGUACAGGUGGAAUAUUCACUGAUUGGCACACAGUACCAGACUGGCACAACAUAGGCUUUCCCAUUGUAGAAUGUUCCUCUGAAGGAGACUUCAUUCUUUCCAAGCCACCAGACACAGGGGGACUAAUCUCUUUUGGCACUGUAGCUGAGCAGUUGUUGUAUGAAUUGGGCAAUCCUCAGCGCUAUCUUUUACCAGAUGUUACAUGUGACUUUUCCCAGGUUUCUAUCACAGAAAUUCCAGGUUUUGAUGGUGGAGCAGUGAAAGUUUGUGGAGCAAAAGGAUUGCCUCCUUCAACAUUUUAUAAGGUAAAUGCCACUUAUCUUGAUGGCUUCAGAGCUACUGCUGUCUGUCCAGUGGGAGGCCCAAAGGCAGUACAGAAAGCAAAGCGCACUGCAGAAGCUAUUCUGCAGAGGACUCGUCUUAUUUUCAGUCAGCUUGGAUAUGAAGAUUACAGUGCAGUUAACAUACAGGUUUUGGGAUCUGAAGAUACAUAUGGACCUCAUGCUAGAAGGAGUAUAGAUGGUCAGGGACCUCGGGAAGCUGUCAUUUGGCUUGCUGUACACCAUAAACAAAGGGAAGCUGUAGAAAUCUUCUCCAAAGAGAUUGCACCAGCUGGAACUGGCAUGGCCCCUGGCCUCACUGGAAUUGUUGGAGGGCGCCCCAGAGUGUCUCCAGUUUUGAAGCCAUUUUUCUUCUAUUAUCCCAAAAGCAAUGUUCAGAUCAACCUAUUUUUAAAUGGGCAGCAUGUUGAGAUAUUUGAGGAGGAUCUCACAUUUACAUCAGAUGAGGUGGUUUCUUUUGAUCUGCCCAAGAUUAGCAGUGAAUUGAAAGAUCUGCCAAGUGGUCCACAUACUUACCGCUUAGAAGAGCUUGCUUAUACUAGAAGUGGAGACAAAGGCAAUUCUGCAAACAUAGGUGUGAUAGCACGGCAUCCCCUCUACUAUCCAUACCUAAAGAAAACUUUAACUGCUCAAGCCCUGGAGAAUUACUUUCAACACCUUUUAGAGCGCGAGAAACCAGAAGAAGAGCUAGUAACAAGUUCCCAAAUCUGCAGGAGCCUUGCUAACUGAAGCUUCCCAAGCCUCUGAGCCACUGCUGAACUGAGAGCUAGAAAUCUGUAAAACACUACAUGAAAUACAUUCACACAGCCACUGUAGUCUGGAGCCCAAACUUAUCAGAUAAUCCAUCAGAAAUAUGCCUCAUACUGUCCCUGUUUCUGCAAAGCAUUUUAGUAUUUAUGAAGUUCACUCACUUUAUCUAAAGUAUUCUUUCUAGUACUUCACUCUCGCCCACUUUUGUGCCAUGUAUACCAAGCCAGAAUUUAAAGAAAAAGCAUAGCUAAUUUAUCUUAAAAUUUGAAAGAGAAUACAUCCUGAACAGGACACUUCUGUGAUACUCAUCUACAAAAGAAUAUCCUCUGCCAGCAGACAACAAAUGUAAUAUUCUUAUUUUUGUGGUAUGGCUGAUGCUCAGGGCCCUUCCUAGGACUGAAUGAAACAUGCACUGCUCUUGUAUGCUCUUGUACUGUUGUAGCAUGAGGUAAUGAAGCUCGCUCUCCUAAGGAUGGCCAGUAAAACAGUCAACAGAUUUUCAACCUUUUUAUCUUUUUGAAAACAAGUAAAAGCUGAAUACAGCCACAAACCUUCUUCUAAAGUCUUGUAAAACAUGUUUUGAUACAAAGUCAAUUAUGCUGCACAUAAGGAGAUUUUGCCAGAAUCCUUUAUGUAUUUCCAUGGGUAAUGGAUCAACUGUUCACUGUCUUUUUGUUUGUUCAAAAAGCUUGAGUCAGAAAGGUACCGCUCAAAGCUCAGAGAGAGCUUGGAGUGGGAGAGAUGGAGAGCUGAUCUCUCAAUUGUAAGUGCUGGUUUUGUCUUCAUAAGCAGCUCAGUGCAGAUCUUGCCCACUGUUUCAUAAGUGCUAGCAAAUCUAUGUGUCUAAUAAAUUGUGAUACUAAGAAUUGUAAUUGAAUUUCCUUGGAAACAGAGUAGAGAUGAGAAGAAAUAAACAGUGGCAUGCCUCCUAAUUAUCCUUCUAGAAAUUGAUUCGUUGUCAUUCCUUAAUGCUGUUUAUGUUCAUAAAUAAAAGUAGAAAUUUGCUCUCUCUGGAUGAAGCCAAAUUAAUUUGAUUAAUUAGAUUAUCUGUUUGUGGUUUUGGCUUCCUUUAAUGAUGUGAUAAUGGAGCUCUGUGAGUGAAUUGGAAAGCUACUGGGGAAAAAGAAUAAAACCUUUUGUGGAAAUAUUUAGGAUUAUAGGGAUUAAGCUCAUGUGCUUCAGAUUGUGUAGUUUCUUUUUAAAUUACUUGUUUAUUUUUUAGUUUUAACUGUCAUUAAAAAGAGUUGUCUUACUGUCUGAUUUUCCUUCAUUUCCUUUAUUUAAAUGGUGAGUAGUUAAAAACUAUGUAUUAGUUUUGCUACUAUAAACAUACCAACUAUGGUUCUACUUACUGCAGAACAGAGUCUGCUAACCAGCUGCCUUUCAUGCUUUUUCAUGAGAGGCAUUAAAUUGGUGUACUAAACAGAGAAAAGGUUAUUUUGAAACUCAAACUUCCAGAUCUGCAGGUAUAAUAGUAGCAAAAGAUGAUCUUUCAAUCCUCAGGUGAUUGCUUCCCACAGGAGAGUGCUGGAGUACAUUUGAGUGCCUUAACACAGAGAACAAGAAACUUUUUGUGCAGUGGUACUAGGUCAGUCAUUUAAGGACAGUAAAACUAUCCUAUAAGAUUUUGUUAUUUGCAUCUUCUGAAAUGUGGUAUAUGUAACGUUUUGAGAACAUUUAAAUGCUCAUAAGUAUUAAAAAUUGACAGCUGAUUUCUUCCUAUGCAAUGUUUUCACCAAGAGCUGAAGAACAAGGAAUGUGGAUGCUGAUCCUUCUAGAUGCUUUUUUACAUACAUUUGUUAGGAAAAAUAAGUAUUUCUCUACAGUAUAUCUCAUAUGCAAACACUUCUUUAAGCCUAUGGACUUGGCUCCUGCUUUCCUGUGCUGAAAAGAAUCCUGUCUUUUCCUUGAUUUAAAUGCUUUAAAUAAUUUUGUAUCAUUAUUACUUCCAUGCUUCUCUGAAUAUUAUGGACAGCACUUUAAAGGAAGUAGUUAAGCAGGCACUCCAUUGUGCAUAAGCGUAGGAAUUCAGCAAGAACAGUGAAUAUUCCUUACUGGUUUCUGUCACAGAGUAUUCUUUGAAAGGUUUGUUUUCUGUUUUUAAAAGCAGCUCUUAAAACAUUUAGUUAAGCUGUACAAUUAGAUAAUUUUUUUCCUUUAGAUCUCAGUUAAUUAAGAUUAAAUUGUUCAGUUAUGCUGAGUAAAUGCCUGCCAGCAUUUUGGUCAGUCUAUUGUUGCUGCUUAAGACUAUUAUAAUGGCUAUAGUGGUUUUUCUUCAUUUUAUUGUGGAAGUUUAUUUUCUGUGUGGAAAUAUUUUGGAUGCUCAGAUGCUUCAGACAAGCCUUAAAUUAAUGAAGAUGCUGGCUUUCAUAUAUUAUUUUAUAAUUCUCAUUUUCGCAACAUUAUCCCACUGUAAAUAUUUUCUCAAAAUAAAUAAAAUGAAUGUGCCAUGUUAUAGUGUUCCAAAUAAAGAUCUGUUGUUUGUAUUACGUAUUUUCUCUGUCGAAAUUACUGCAGAAAGUGAAAUGAAAUUCUUCCACUUAUUUGUAUAUGCUCCUCAGUUUCUCUCUUGAUUUCUUUUUCCUUAUUGAUUUUCAUGACACUUCUUUUGAAAGAUGAGAUGUUAGGAAUUGAAAUUCCAUCAGUUUAGUUCUUGAGAAGACAUCCUUCAGUUGUGAAAUUCUAUGCUGCCUGGAAAUCUUUGCCAGCUUUUCAGAGUAACAUUUAUAGUGUACUCCUUUGCUUUGGUAGAUCUCUGGCUUUCGUGGUAUGUGGUGAUUGGCAAUUUUUAUUUAGCUUUUUAGAAAAUUUUGUGGAGUUAUGCUAUAUAGUUGAUUAUAGUAUUAAAUUCAGUAAAUUAGGUAGGUAACUUAUUGUAGAAUUGCUUUAUUCUUCAUAUUUGUGUUGUCUAAUAGAGCACUGGUGGAUUACUCUACUUUCCUGCCUUCCCAGUGGAUUUGUCUUUAAGCAUGAUAAUGGUGCCUGUCAACUAGUUUUCGAGAAAGGGCAGCAGAAUGCUGACACCAAUUUUUUUUCUUAAUAAGAACUAAUAAUACUAAUACUGAAGUAGAGUGUGGAAAUUAAAAAAUAGAAGGAAAUUAAAUCUUUUUGCCUGGGAGACAGACACAGACACUACAAUGACUACUUACUUUCUACAACAAGAACUGCAGUGAUUGCCAGACUGCUCACCACAAUCAUCACUUUCCAUAAGAGGUUUAGGUCAUAUGCCCAAGAUAAAAGGGCAGACAGGGCUGUGAGUACCAGCAACUGCCAUGGUUUUCACAGUUCUCAAGAGGGAACUGAAAGAGAUAAACCUCAAAGUGACAAAAUCAGCAGUGUAAGAGCAUUGCAAGAAAUUCCACCUGUAUUAGAGGAAAGAUUUAAAGAAUCUGUCCCAAACAGAUGAAGAUCGGGUAGGUGACUAAAAAAUAAGUGAUGUUGGAGGAAGCUGGAUUUAAAUUGGGUAUCAUCUUUCUCUGUUAAUUCCUCAUGGCUUGAUGAUGUUCUGAUUUAAAUCCUUUCCUGUGGAUUAAAGCAAAGCUAUUGGGUACUUAGAUGAAGAAAACAUUGAAGGAACGCAAAACCAAAGAAAACCAACAAUAGAAGGAAGAUGACAAAACAGUGCAAGGAGAGGCAAAUGGAAAUAUAGUGUAGACCUAUUUAUGGAAUUUGAAACAAUAGGAAACCACAGAGCUAUUUGCCAAACUGCUAUGGAAGUUUCCAAAUUGGAACUGCACCAGUCAAAAGCAAGGAUGGAAAAAUGCUUACACUGGUGAUGGAACAGAAACACAGGUCUGUCAUACUAAAAUAAAA